GGGAGGAUGGCCACGGGGAGCUGCACCUGCGGAUGGCGAGUAGCUGAUGCUCCCGCACAACGCGCUCCAGCCUCGGGAGUCAGUCCCGGUGUUCCUCCCUCGCCCGGGCCAAGAUGAGGGCUCUGCAAACCUCACAGGCUUAUAAACCUCACUUGUCUCAUCUACACUCCCACCUGGAAGAGUACAGCUUUUUUUUUUUGGCAGCAGGAAUGAUACCUGGAGGGAAAGAAAAGUUGACUUCCCUUACUUCAGGAGAGGUUUCAGAGAUAACCGCAGCAAUGGACGAUUACACGAAAAUAGAGAAGAUUGGGGAAGGUACCUAUGGUGUUGUGUAUAAAGGUCGUCACAAAACCACAGGCCAGGUGGUUGCAAUGAAGAAAAUACGCCUAGAAAGUGAGGAGGAAGGUGUUCCAAGCACUGCUAUCCGAGAAAUUUCUUUAUUAAAAGAGCUGAAUCAUCCCAAUAUAGUCUGUCUUCAGGAUGUUCUCAUGCAGGAUUCGAGACUGUACCUUGUCUUUGAAUUCCUUUCCAUGGAUCUCAAGAAAUAUUUGGAUAGUAUUCCAUCUGGCCAGUAUCUGGAGCGUUCACGUGUCAAGAGUUAUCUGUACCAAAUUUUGCAAGGCAUUGUCUUCUGCCACUCAAGAAGAGUUCUGCACAGAGACUUGAAACCUCAGAACCUCCUGAUAGAUGACAAGGGAGUGAUUAAACUGGCAGACUUUGGAUUGGCCCGAGCCUUUGGAAUCCCAGUGCGGGUCUACACCCAUGAAGUAGUGACACUGUGGUACAGAUCUCCAGAAGUGCUGCUGGGAUCUGCUCGUUACUCUACUCCUGUAGAUAUCUGGAGCAUAGGAACCAUAUUUGCUGAGCUGGCAACUAAAAAGCCACUUUUCCAUGGGGAUUCAGAGAUUGACCAGAUCUUCAGAAUCUUCAGAGCUUUAGGGACCCCCAACAACGAGGUAUGGCCUGAGGUGGAAUCCCUGCAAGACUAUAAAAACACAUUCCCAAAAUGGAAACCUGUCAGUCUUGAAACACAUGUCAAAAACUUGGAUAAAGAUGGACUUGAUCUGCUGGCUAAAAUGUUAAUUUAUGAUCCUGCAAAAAGGAUUUCUGGCAAAAUGGCCUUGAACCAUCCAUAUUUUGAUGAUUUGGACAAAUCCACUCUUCCUGCUAAUCUGAUUAAGAAAUAGGCCUUCAGACUAAAUCAUCCAGAGUGAAAUAACUGUGAUUACUUUUACUCUUCAGUCUGUCAUUUGUAUGUCUGUCUUUCUGCUCUUAAGAUUGGCUGUAUUCUGUUUGUUUUGGUUUAAGUGUUACCUAAAUGUAAAUAUUAACCUGUUAGUGCUGAGUUCAAAUCCAAUGCAAAUAUCGCUGCAAUUAAUGCAGUCACCUUUCUAUAAAUAAAGCUUUAACCCCAGUGAAGGACUGAACUUAUUUCCAGGCCACAGCUGCUCUGCAGAAGGACACUUGUUUUCUUUGGAAUGCACUGGAAAGAUACCACUUGGCUAAAAAAGGUGCUAACCCAAACUUGUAAAUGGUUGUUCCUGACAUGAUAGGAAAUUUUCGAGUUUGAGUUGUUUCAGUGUUGUGUCGGUUACAGUUUUACUUGAGCAUGGCAACUGAUGUGCCAAAGGACACUGAGAUAUGCUGAAGAACAGCAACUUAAAAAGUGUGGAUGGCCAAACUGAUUGAGUUUUUCAAGGCAGCUGCAAAUCAUUAUUUGAGAUAAUUCCCUUGCUCUAUGUUUUUGUUAUUGUCUUGGAGGCCCAAGAAUUUACCAAGAUGUUGGCUGUUGUGAACUCCUAGUAAUUGUAAUCAUAAACUGAGAUGCCACAUGGCUCCAGACUUUUUCAUAAUUAAAGCAGAAGCUUUUUUAAGCUCCCUGGCAUUUAAUUGAACAGGUGAGAAUAUUGUUAAAAGUUCAAAUAAAGUUUAAAGGUGUGUACUAAUACUG